CAGCUUUACUGGCGCGGGCUUUUCUUUUUGCCUUCCUAUAUUUUCUGGAAUAGAUUUUUUUUUUUCUCUUUUACAAACUGACUAGACAAAACCACCCCUUCUCGCCUUGCAGAAGGCAUUUGACUUUCUCAGAGGUACCCGCAAGCUCUCAGAGCAUCCUCCAAGAGACCAGUGACAGGAGCGCAGGUGCAACGAGAAGGCGGAGGGGAGGGGGGUGCGCUUCUUCGCGACUUGGGGAUCUUUCUCUCUGCGCUCCCCAGGCACUGAACUCUAAGCUGCAAGGAUAGGGGAGCCGACAGCUUCUCCACUGAGGCUCUGCCACCGGUGCUUGCCAGGGAGGUGUAUUCAGCUGUCGCUGCCUCCGAAGCUUCGGAGCGCGCAGACCUCUCUCCCUCGCCCAUCUCCAGCAUCAGGGUCGUCCCUCCCCGCGCGGUAACCACGGGGACCCCGCAAGGAGAUCGGGGAUUCUCAGCCCUCUGCAUCCAGCUCCUUCCUCUGCUCCCGGCCGUUGAGCUCACCACGCGCAGGUCCUGCGGACCUGACCGCCGCUGAGCCGCGCGGCUCUGCUGUCCGCGCUCCGCUCGUCGCCUGGCAGGGCGCGCAGCCGCCUGGUCCCGUCUGCUGCCAGGGUGCAGAGGGCGCCUCCCUCCCCCUCCUCCAACCCCGGGCUCCGUUGGCCUCCCUCACCCGCUGACCCGUCUACUCCUGCAUCCGCUGAAUCCCCUUUGCCUUCCUUGCGUCAAGCAUGUCAGGCUCUGGGCGAAAAGAUUUUGAUGUGAAGCACAUCCUGCGACUCCGCUGGAAACUCUUCAGCCACCCGUCGCAGUCCCCCGGCGCUCCGGCCGGGGGCAGCUGCCUGCAAGAAGACAGCAGCAGCAGCUUCGAGCACUGGGGACCCAGCCAGAGCCGCCUGCUCAAAAGCCAAGAGAAGGGCAGCGUGAGCACUUUCUGGAAGAAGCCUUCCUCUUCUUCCUCCUCUUCUUCUUCUGCCUCCCCGUCCUCUUCCUCCUCUUCCUUCAACCCACUGAAUGGCACCCUGCUGCCAGUGGCCACGAGGCUGCAGCAAGGGGCGCCCGGGCAGGGCACCCACCAGCCGGCCAGGACUCUCUUCUACGUGGAGUCCCUAGAAGAGGAGGAGGUGCCAGGCAUGGACUUUCCUGGACCACACGAAAAAGGGCUUGUCUUGCAAGAGCUCAAAGUGGAACCGGCCAACUCGAGCCAGGCAACAGGUGAAGGAUGUGGACACAGGUACAGUAAGUCCCCAUGGGACAUCCAAGCAUUCCUCAAUUUCCACUCGUUUCCCCCCACCCUGUGCACUCUGGGUAGUUACUAAGUCUAAAACGUUUCAAGUUGAAAAUUUUGGUUAAGAGAUGCCAACCCGGUUUUUAUUACUCAAAUUGCAACCUCAUUAAAAGUUUCCU